UCUGGACUGUCUAGUGCGGCAGAACUUCCAAAGCACCAGUGGGGAAGGAGGCCCUAUAGGCUGGCGGCUGGUAGUGUAUGGUGGAGCCCAUGUUCCCUUUGCGCCAGGACAGCCAGGAUGAGGGCAUUUGCCCCAUCUGCCCCAUCUGCCAAGAGUGCCUGAAGGAGGCGGUGAGCACUGACUGCGGACACCUCUUCUGUCGAAUAUGCCUGGCACGGCACCUGGAGGAGACCUCGGCCUCCGGAGUCCGCAGCUGUCCCCUCUGUCGAAAGCCCUGUUCCGAGGGGGUCCUGGGGGCUGGCUACACCUGCCGCAGACACCAGAAGAAGGUGUGCUGGUUCUGUGAGGAAAGCAGACAUCUUCUGUGUAUGGAAUGCCGGGUGUCCCCUGAACACAAGUCUCACUGUGAACUGGCCAUUAAAAAUGCCAUCAGCCACUACAAGGAACGACUCAAUCGCAGGAGCAGGAAGCUCAGAAAGGACAUCUGCGAACUCCAGCGGCUCAGGGCUCAGGAGGAGGAGAAACUGCAGGCUGUGCAGUUUCAGGUAGACUGUGGGACCCACAGGCUGGAGACUGAGUUGGAGACCCAGCACCAAACCCGGAGACAGCUGGAGGCCCUCUCUCAGCAGCAGCCAGACCAGUUGGAGGACAUGCCAGCAGAGAUGUCCAGAAUCUUUGACAUCUCCAGGGCAAUAGUGCAACUCAGCAGGCUGGUCACUGAUCUGGAGAGGAUGGCCAAGAAACUGGAUGCCAACCUGCUGAAGGAUGCCAGUUACUUAUUGAACAGGAGCACACCAGAGCAAUUAGAGGCUGUUUAUCCUAACUUAGAGAAGAGACUUGACGAAUCACUUGUUCAGCCAUCCUCGGCAGAUCUGACCUGUUCAUCCCUGGGCCACCUCAUCUCAGACUCACCUCAGCCUCCUGGCUUUCAUUCUCCCAACCUGUCCAGCCUCCCACUGAGUCUACCUAGUGCGCCUUCAGUCCUGCCCUGUCCUGAAUAUGAUCCCCUCUCCUCAUCCCCACAGUUGUGAAUGGAUGCCUGACCCUCUGACUCCUGGACAGUUUCACAGCCUAUUUCCUGAACCAGACUCCUGCCUGUGGCUCCCACUGCACAGGUCAGGAUCCAAGAUCUCCGUUUUGCCUGUGAACUGAUGGUAGCACCCAUCUCUCACAAUCUCAUAUUAAACUCGGAGUCCCCAGGAAAGUGGAUGGCAUGAGCUCACCAGUGGUGAGGCCACUCUGCCUAUGGAGUGGGCAUGUCUGUUGGAAGGAAUGCUCCUUCUGAGCUCCUGUAGCACCUGUUGUCUGUACCACUCACCUGGAACUUACAUUAUUUUUAUGGUGGGCAGACUCUACUGUGACCCCACCAUGGUUCUCGCUUUUUGGUGUUCAUGCCUUCAUGUGAUUCCAUGACUUGCUUCUAAUCAAUGGAAUAUGGCAAAGGGGAUGAGAUGUCACUCCCAUGAUUAGGUUAUGUUAUAUGGCAACGGGGAUAGAAUAUCACUUCAGUGACCGUUACACUGGAUGGGACUCCUCCUUGUUAACAGACUCACUCUUGAGACUCUCCUUGCUCUGCAGAUGAAGUACGUGACCCUGUGGCCAGCAGGCAGCCUCUAGGAGCUGAGAGCAGUCUCCAGCUUUCAGCCAACAAGAAGCAGGGGCCCUCAGACCUGCAGUUGCAAGAAAAUUAAUUCUGCCAACAGCCUAAGUGAAUUUGGAAGGGGAUUUUUCCCUAGUUGAGCCUCCAGAUGAGAACCCAGCCCAGCUGAUACCUCAAUGGCAGCCUUGUGAGACCCUAAGCAGAGAACACAAAUUUCUGACCCACAGAAACUGUGAAGCAAUAGCUAUCAUAGAAACAAUGAUAGAAUAAAUGUGUGUUGUUUUAAGAUACUACAUUUUAUGGUAAUUUUAAUGGAGCAAUGAGUAAUACAUUUUUAUAUUAAUUACUUGUGCAUCGCUUCUUUGGUUAAGGACAGUUCUCUGUCUUUGUGCCCCCAGGGUUCAGGAGAGUAACUAGCUCAUAGUUGGAGCCCAGUGAAAUUUAUUAAGUGGAUGCAUGAGUGAAUUAAUAGAAAGUAUA